AUGUCUCAGAUCACCGGAAAUAUUCCAAUAAUUUCUUGCGAACAGGUGUACCUGCUUCCAAACCAGCAGCAGUGCCAGUUUGUGCAGGCGCAAUGUGCCGACCACCCGGGAUUUCUCAACUCCUUCACGAUGUACUACUGCAUGUCGCAGUCUGACAGCGUCAGGUCAUGGGUGGGCAUUCCAUUGAUGGUGCUGCUUCUUCUUGUGUUGUUUGCCUCGAUAGGCCUAGUGGCAGGAAAUUGCUUAGUGCCGAACUUGAAUGCCGUAGCGAGCCACCUUAAGAUUCCAGAAAACGUGUCCGGGUUAACCCUCUUGGCGUUUGCCAAUGGAUCGCCUGAUAUCAUCUCGACAUACACGUCUUUUGUGACAGGAAACACGUCUUUGGCGUUUGGUGAGAUCAUUGGGGCUGCGUAUUUCACCAACUCGGUGGUCAUCGGAACCAUCUUUAUUAUCAACCCAUUUGAUUUAGUACCCGGAGUUAGCACAGGACCUAAUACAUUUAUCUCAUUGCAGGAUAACGCAAACACUGGUAGCAACAGCAAUGGCAACAAUAACUCUGGAAAUAAUAAGGAUGAGUCAGCUGAACAGCGGCUAAUAUCUUUGAAUGCCAAAGGUACAUAUUUGAGAGAUGUAUCGUUUUUCACAGUUUCUGCACUGAUAUUGCUAUACUGUGUUCGAGACGGCGUUCUUACCAGGAUAGAGAUGCUCACCUUGGUAUCCAUAUACAUCACAUACGUCCUGCUUAUCAUCCUCUGGCAGUGGUACUAUAAGAAAGAGCUGAACAAAAUCAGGCUUGAAAGCCAUGCGAGAAGCUUGUACAACCAGAACAGUCUUCCCUUCCCAUUUGACGAGAAUAUUCAAAUGCAAGACAGUUAUAACUACAACCCACAGAUUAUUAGGAACCUUGAGUUUGAGACAAUUUUGAGAGGGUUGACAUCUCGCAGACGUAUUGGCUUCUACAUCGAACAACCAGGAGGUACAUACAGAGACAGCAGCGAUGGAAGCAAUACCAAUGGUGAUAUUUCUCAAGGAGGCCAGCUACAGGCAGAAAUAAUUGAACCUCCAAAGAGGUCUCUUCCCGAGAAGAUUUUUGACUACGCUGCCCUCCCCUUCGUCAAGCUAUUCAGACACACCAUCCCCAUAAUGACCACAAACGAUUACGAAGGAGACUACAAACCGGCACUUGCACAGCUUUUCGAGCUACUGACUUCCCUUCUGACCUCACCCUUUAUCAUUGUAUGCACCUUGUUCCCCACUACUUCUGGCCUAACGAAGUUCUUCAUGCUCUUCCCCACAAUUACCCUCACUUAUUUUGCCUACCACAGCCUUGUGCGUUCAUCGAACCCUUCCACACCCUUCAAAUGCGUGAUUUCCAUUAUGGGUGUAGCUGCAUCAAUCGCAUGGAUAUCUAUCAUCGCUUCUGAAAUUAUUUCGCUGUUGACAUUGGUCUCAUCGCUCACCCACAUUCGCCCGUCGGCCAUGGGUAUCACUAUAUUUGCCCUUGGAAACUCCGUUGGAGACCUGAUCUCGUGCAUCGUCAUCACUAGAAUGGGUUAUCCUCUCAUGGCUCUAGCAGCAUGCAUCGGAGGACCCUUGCUAAAUAUAUUGCUCGGACUUGGUAUGAGUGGUUUGCUUGUGGGUGCCGACUACAUAGAGAUCCCAGCCACCACAAGAAACUCGACUACAGGUGCAGGAACGCAAGGAGAGAAUGGAAGAUUAAUGAGAAAGGCUCGGUUACAAGCUCCUAAAUCGUAUGCCGAGGGUGGUAACUCUUCUUUGAAGGAUGACUCUCCGUCAGAUAUGCUGUGGUUUGAUGAAAAUAGCUACGGGGCAAAUAAUACAAUGAAGAAGAAAAAUGCACUUCAUCCCAGAAGGGUCCUUGGUUAUGUCGAUGAAAAUAGGAUGAUUCUGAGUAGAAAGUUUGUGCCACCUCUCAAAUCCAAGACCGACGAUUGGUCACUCCAGGCACGCGUGCCACCUCCACUAGGUAACAGGAAAAAGGUUUUCUUUCCUCCGAAACCAUUGUAUGAUCCCUUUGGUGAAUUGGCUAUAGUGUUAUAUGAUCCUACGCGACCUGCUUCUAGAUUCAAAAUGCACAACAAAAGAUCCUUGAAUGAGAUGCUAGGAAUAUCCAGUAACUCACAGGACCCAACUGCAUCGUUUCCAAACGUCCCCGUUGUUAUUGAUCCAAAACUUGCCAAAAUUUUGAGACCCCAUCAACGUGAAGGUGUUAUAUUUUUAUACCGCUGUACCUCAGGACUGGUGGAUGCUAGAGCAAAAGGGUGCAUUAUGGCCGAUGAAAUGGGUUUGGGAAAGACGCUACAGUGUCUCACUUUGAUGUGGACGUUGCUAAAACAGGGUCCAAGAGGUAAAAAAACAAUAGAGAAAUGCAUUGUCGUGUGUCCAUCUAGUUUGGUUCGAAAUUGGGCAAAUGAGAUCGAUAAGUGGCUUGGAAAGGGCUCCUUGAAUUCUCUUGCUAUUGAUGGUAAAUCUGCUAAAGGUUCUAGUAUCGGCGAAUCGAUUCAGAAUUGGGCAGACGCACAGGGUAACGGUGUUGUGAGCCCCGUCCUAAUAAUCAGUUACGAAACGCUACGGCGUAAUAUUGAUAACUUGCAAAAUUGUGAGGUUGGGUUAGUCUUGGCAGACGAAGGCCACAGAUUGAAAAAUGGAGAUAGUUUGACCUUCAACGCGUUGAAUUCGUUAAACUGCCAACGAAGGGUUAUUCUUUCAGGUACUCCAAUUCAGAACGAUUUAUCUGAAUAUUUCUCUUUAUUGAACUUCGCAAAUCCUGGUUUAUUGGGGAACAGAUUAGAAUUUAGGAAGAACUAUGAGCUUGAUAUUUUGAGAGGCCGUGAUUCUUUGGCAACUGAUAAGGAGAAGGAGAAAGGUGAUGAGAAGUUGAAAGAGCUAACCGAGUUCGUUCAAAAAUUUAUCAUCAGAAGAACCAAUGACAUUUUGAGCAAAUAUUUACCUGUCAAGUACGAAUAUGUGAUUUUUUGUGGUUUAUCGGAUAUGCAGAAAACCCUUUACAAUCAUUUCAUCACAUCUCCAGAGAUUAAAAAGCUUCUGAAAGGUGAACAUUCGCAACCAUUGAAAGCCAUUGGCUUGUUGAAAAAACUUUGCAACCACCCCAAUCUUCUUAACUUGCCUGAGGAUAUUGAUGGAUGUGAAGAUCUUAUACCAGAAGAUUACAAAGAUGAUAGAAAUAGCACAGGUAGAAAUAGGGAAGUGCAGACAUGUCAUAGUGGAAAAUUUGAAAUGUUAGAAAGAUUCUUGUUUAAGAUUCGCAUGGAAACAGAUGAUAAAAUUGUUGUUAUUUCAAACUAUACACAGACUUUAGAUCUUGUGGAGAAACUUUGUAGGCAACACAAAUAUGGUGCUCUCAGAUUGGACGGCACAAUGAACAUUAACAAACGACAAAAACUUGUUGAUCGAUUCAACAACCCCGAGGGAAAGGAGUUUGUAUUUUUGUUGAGUUCCAAAGCUGGUGGAUGUGGAAUCAAUUUGAUCGGUGCCAAUAGAUUGAUAUUGAUGGAUCCUGACUGGAAUCCUGCUUCAGAUCAACAAGCAUUGGCGAGAGUUUGGAGAGAUGGCCAAAAGAAAAAUUGUUUUAUUUACAGAUUCAUUUCUACAGGAACAAUUGAAGAGAAGAUUUUCCAAAGACAAAGUGCUAAGCUCCAGCUUUCAUCGUGUGUUGUUGAUUCUGUAGAUGACGUCGAGAGAUAUUUCAGCAGCGAUAACCUAAAACAAUUGUUCCAGUUUAACACGAAUACUAUUUGUGAGACACAUGACACCUACAAGUGCAAAAGAUGUGAUGCUAGCGGGAAACAGAAGAUUAAAUCCCAAGUCAUGUUGUAUGGUGAUGCGACAACGUGGAACCAUAUCAAUCAUAGUAUGUUGGACAAAAAUGAGGACUUUCUCAUCCAAAACGAAAGUCAAUUCGAAACGGUGGAUUUUGCGUUCCAGUACAUAUCGCAUUGA